UUCAGAUUCUUAUACAGCAGCAUGAAGUCCAUCCAGCUUCUUGUCUACAUCUCUCUUCUUAUUCCUGGAGCCGUUGCCCUUGUCCAGGACAUAUUUGCAGCCAGUGGUGGGAAGAUUGUGAUCCCCCUGGACACGAGGCUGGAGUACACGAGUGGCAUACUAUGUAAUAGGUUUAUAUGGACAUUCAAGAGACCGAGGCAAUUCAUCAGACAACUGGCGAGUGUGGAUGAUUACUGCAAUAAACGAGACUGUAAUAACGAGGGGAGACCACAAUGUUCACUGUCCACCAAUGGAAGCCUGCAGCUGCACGAUGUGAAGCCGGACGAUGCCGGAGAGUACAUCAUCACCACCUACCAUGUAAACAAAGCAAAACUCACAGAGGACACCUUCAACCUCCAUGUCCUGGAUGCCGUCUCAAAACCGGUCAUCAGUCUCUCAUGUGUCUCGGAAGGUCAACUAGUGGUUUUGUGCAGGGCAGACAAAGGGACAAACGUCUCAACCUCAAUUAUAGCAAAUGGAGAAUUGUUACUGGAGAAGGCUGCUUCUGAAGGAGAGGGUCAACUCUUCAAAGUGUCAUCUUCUGCUCCCUGGAAUAUCAGCUGCUCCAUAACAAACAAGGUCAGCCAGGAAACCAUCAAUGCUGAGUACUCCAUGUGUCCUGGUCUGCCUUCGGAAGAGUGUCCUGUUCCAGCGUCUGUUGUUCCUGGUUACCUGUGUAUCCCUGUUAGUUACCUUCGUAGGUAUCUCAGUGCCCGCCUGUGUUGGCUGCCCACUGACUUGGUUUACGCUCUGGAGUAG